AUGCCGAGUACACACCCAUCCCCGAACGCCCUAACGGUGCAAUCCCCCUCUGAGCCGGAGUACUUCCCCUCCCUCUUCUCCUUCGAGCAGUAUAUGCUCUCCCCCUCCCCUCUCCCUCCUGCCCUUCCUCUGCGUUCUCGACCUACUUCAUCAGAACCUGCAGGAAAGCUAGUAAUAUGCCACGACAUGGCUGGCAACUACCCCAAAGACCAAUGGGCGCCUAUGUGGUCCUUCCCCUGGUGGAGCAAGGCGGAUGUGUUCAUCUAUUUCAGCCAUUACCGUGUAGGGUCACCCCCGAGAGCAUGGAUAAACGCCGGGCAUCGACAGGGCUGCCAAGUGCUCGGUGUCUUGAUAUUCGAACCCGGAAACGGGGAGGAAGACCAAUAUCGCCUCUUUCUUACCCCGCAAAAGACGCUGGAAACGAAGUACGCCGACUUGCUUGUUGAGUUAGCCCGGCAGAGGGGGUUUGACGGCUGGCUUGUCAACCUCGAGCUGAGAUACUAUUCACACGUCUCACUCCUCGUCAAAUGGCUAGAAUAUCUUACCACCCGUGCUCGACACAUACUGGGAGAAAAGAGCUGUAUAAUGUGGUUCGAUUCAAUUACAACCUGGGGAUGGCGAUCUCACCAGAACACGCUGACGCACUUGAACGCACCCUUCUUCCAAGCAGCAAACAUGCUCCACACGAACUACUGGUACACCCCAUCCAAGAUCCGCGCUGCGGAGACCUAUCUCUCCGGCCCUGGGGGGCGGCUAGCACAGGACGUCGCUUUCGGGAUUGACAUGUGGGGGAGGAGGACGUUCAAGGGGGGGGGAUACAGGGCCUGCCUGGCACUGGACGAAAUUCGGCCCCAAGGGAGGAAGUUCAGCACCUCUCUGUUCGCGCCAGCUUGGCUCUGGGAGAGCGGGGAGCUUUACCCCGCCUCAGGGAACACGAGACAGGAUUGGUGGGACCGGGAAACCCUUUUCUGGGUAGGACGAAGCACGCCCGUGGAGGAAGAGCGAAACCUAAAGCGGCUCAAUACGGACAAGAGCAAACAGCUCCAGAAGGGAGAACGCUUCCAGCCCAUAAGUCGGUAUUUCCCUCCCAAGCCACUGGCAUUACCGGUAGGGACGACCUUCUCCCUCGGCCUGGGGGAGUCGUUUAACGUCCACGGAGAGCGGGUACUCGACUCCCCAUGGUCCGACCACGAGCUUGUAGCUCCUCUUCCUGGGUCGGCGAUGCCUGCCAGUCUUGGGAGAGACAUGAGUACGGGAACAGUGGCUUUGCUGACAGGGGAAGUGGUCGAAGACCCCGAGCUGGCUUGGUUCGGAGCACAUUGUUUUCGGCUUUCGCUGCCAGAGGACGUUGAAGGAGGAAGAGGAAGGUACUUCGCUCCGCUGUUCCCGGUAGUUUGCGAUGGGGAAGGAGAGGGGUGUGUCCUUGUGGCCGAGGUGACUUGGACGACUGGCACCUGCACCCCCCCCUCCCCCUCCCCCUCUCACCUGAUGGGAUGGUCCGCCUCCGCCUCGGACACCCCUCUGAGUACCGAAUGCGUCCCCGUCUCGUCCCGGGACGGCAAAGUACAGUGGAACAAGACCACGACCGUCUUCCCGAACCUGCAGGGGCUCGUCAACUUCGGUAUUGUAGUUGACUUUGGACAACCUGGCGCUCUUUUCCUCGGAGCGGUUCAUAUCAGACGCGCUGUCCUCUUCCCCCCAAUCGGCCAAACACCAGCUUACGUCACUCCAAGACUCUAUUGCGACAGCCCACGAUUCUCGUUCUCCGACGGCGAGGACUGCGGGGUCUUCACAUGGAGGACAAGGAUGGGCACUCCUCCCGAAGCGAGCAGGAGCGAAGAAGAGCCCGUCCUGCGAGAAAUCACCGUCUCUGUCCAUGGGUUUGAUGCAUCUUCUGAGAGGUUAUGCUGGGGCACGACAUCUCUCGACUGUUGGGGUUUCUCUUGGACAGAGCUGGAGGCACGGCGGACACUGCAAGAGCUGGAGGAGAAGGGAGGUUGGGUCGAGAUCACUGUACGGUUGAUCGACUGGUCCGGGUACUGGUUGGAGGGAGCACGAUGUGCUCUGAGAGUUUUGCUUAUGGGCCGCAAAGUACUCGAUGACUCGUUUAACGAGUUCAACGAGCGGGAUCGCAUUGUAAUCUAG